UGCACGCACACAGAGCACAGACAAACCACACCAAAGCAGAGAGAGAGAGAGAGAGAGAGAGAGAGAGGUUUUCAAUGUAGUAGCCAAAUCGUUCCAAAAUCUAUCCAGAAGAAAAAGAAGAUGUUUCGUGCAAAUCUACACCUGUUAAUCACAGAAAUCUAUGUCCGUUUCUUCUCAAUUUGACGUUUUCUUCGUAAUUUAGCUCACAGAAAUCUACAUUGUAGAAGGUGAUAAAGCGAGUUUCUUGCGAAGCCGUAAAAAAGGGUAGUUUCUCUCGCAGAAGCUUUCCAGUGCGAUUACAGGUUUCACUUGAAGCAGUUUGCGAAUGGCCGUAAAGAUCCCGGCUACGAGCGGUGCGGCGGCGGUGGCGGUUUCAGCAACUUUCUGAUCUGUAAAAAGCAGCUUUUGACCGCGCUUAAAUUCUAAUGUAGUGUGAGUAACAAGUUGUUCUCUGCCUUCUGGUUCAAGUGCAUGUGAAGACAUUUUGCUAUCUUUCAAUUUUUCGUUAGAAAAUUUGUGGAUUUGGUGACCAUUCAAUUUAUCCGAGAAAAUGUGUAUGUUAUUGAGCUGAGACUAGGCAGGAUUGAGGGUAACAUAAGAAGUGAAGAUGGCGACUUGGGCAGCCAUUGGGCAGAUUGCUACUGUGGCACAACUCACGGGGCUCGAUGCUGUGGCGCUAAUUGGGAUGAUUGUUAAAGCGGCCAAUACUGCUCGAAUGCACAAGAGGAACUGUAGGCAGUUUGCAAAGCAUCUGAAAUUGAUUGGGAAUUUGUUAGAGCAGCUCAAGAUUUCGGAGCUUAAGAAGUAUCCAGAAACCCGAGAGCCACUGGAGCAGCUUGAGGAUGCCUUGAGGAGGUCUUACAUUUUGGUCAACAGUUGCCAAGAUCGGAGCUAUUUGUAUUUGCUAGCCAUGGGGUGGAACAUUGUGUACCAAUUCAGGAGGGCCCAGAAUGAGAUUGACCAAUACUUAAAGAUCAUCCCUCUCAUCACUCUUGUGGAUAAUGCUCGUGUCAGGGAAAGAUUGGAAAUUAUCGACAGGGACCAAUGUGAAUACACUUUGGAUGAUGAGGACAGAAGGGUGCAAGAUGUUAUUCUGAAACCAGAACCCUCGAAAAAUUACACUGCAGUUUUGAAGAAAACUCUUUCUUGUUCCUAUCCAAACUUGCCUUUUAAUGAGGCAAUUCAAAAAGAGAAUGAAAAGCUUCAGUUAGAACUUCAACAUUCGCAAGCUAAUUUGGAUGUAAGCCAAUGUGAAGUAAUUCAGCAUCUGAUUGAUGUCACUGAAGUUGUUGCAGCAAAUACUCUAUCAGAAAAGAGUUCACCCAUAAGAUAUUCCAAGGACGUGGAGUCUAAUUACGAUUUCAAUGGUGGUCAAGAACAUCACGAUGAAAGCUAUUAUACUACCAAGAGCAAGUCUUGCACGAGUUCAAGAAAUACUUCCUCAGUUUCAUCCGGACAUGAUUUGCUGUCUACUAAAGGUUCUCAUCGACAUGAAGAAUGGCAUUCGGAUUUACUUGGGUGUUGUUCAGAACCUCUUUUAUGUAUAAAGACUUGCUUCUUUCCGUGUGGUACAGUUUCAAAGAUUGCUACCGUGGUGACUAAUAGGCACAUGUCUUCAGCGGAAGCCUGUAACGAAUUGAUGGCUUAUUCUUUGGUACUAUCUUGCUGCUGUUAUACUUGUUGCAUUCGAAGGAAGCUUCGGAAGAUGCUAAACAUCACGGGAGGCUUGUUUGAUGAUUUUCUCUCACACUUGAUGUGUUGUUGUUGUGCCCUUGUCCAAGAAUGGCGAGAAGUGGAGAUUCGUGGGGCUCAUGGUCCUGACAAGACAAAAACGAGCCCUCCAGCCAUUCAGUAUAUGGAACACUAAGUGAUAGGGAUACAAAAAGUUUCUUCUGCCUUUUGGACAUGUAAAGACUUUUUACAUAGAGGUAAUGGCUUACUGCCAUUGUUGAUCGAUACCGGUAUUCCGAUUUCUUUUGUGCCUUCAGUUUACCAUUAUGUAAAUUAGAUUGUUGUAUCUUCCAGUUUCUGCAUUUGUAUCAUAGACAAAUUCUUCUCAAUGAAAUUUUCUUCUCCAAUG